AUGUUUUCAUUCUACAAUCGCGAUACUAGUGCUGAAGAUUUACACAGCUUUAAUAGAGUAUGUUACGGAAUUUCCACAACCAGUAAUAGUUCCACAUACAACAACUUCAAAACAAAUGUCUACUCACUUAUCUCCAUGCUUGCAUCUAAGUCAUCUUCAUCGCCGAGCAUUUUCUACAACACGUCUUCUGCUGCUGAAAUUUAUCCAAGGGCUUAUGGAUCUUACUUAUGCCGUGGUGAUCUAAAAGAACAAGUUUGUCAAAAAUGCGUUUCUGAUGUAACCGGAUUCCUCUCACGAGCAGACAUCACCAACUCAGAUUGUUAUGGCACCGGAGUCUACUAUAACGAUCCACAAUGUAUUGUACACUACGCAAACAGAUCCACAUUCGAUGUGUACGAAAAGGGUAGAUCACUUGAUAGUGAUUCGAUAGGUGAGAAGGUUACUGACUACAAUAACUACAACGAGAAAUUAUCGAGCACAAUUCAAGGACUCAUUAGAGAAGCCGAGUUGGGCAAUUGGACACAACCUAAUUUCGAGACAAGGGUAGUAGACGUAAAAGGAUCUAAUGAUGAGAAAAUUUAUGUACUUGUUCAAUGCACGCCUGAUAUAACCGCGUCGAAUUGUAGUAAUUGUUUAGGGGAAUUAUACUCGAGACUUCCUCAUUGUUGCAAUGGCACUCAAGGUGGAUACGUUGCGUAUGGUAAUUGUUUGAUCAAGUAUAAUAAUCAAUCUUUCUUUGGGAGAGCCUACCAUAGUUUUUUGCCUAAAUUGUGGCAUGUUACAUUGGUCUUGAUAGUGACUUUGUACAUUGUAUUUAUGGAAUGUUAG